AUGGCGUCGGCCACCAAAGCCCCAAUCACCUGCCACAUCCUCGACACAACAGUCGGCGCCCCAGCCCGGAACGUGGGCGUGCGGCUGCAGCUGACCUCGGACACGACCACCGCCUCGCCCAGCAACAGCAACGGCGCGGGGGUCGCCAACAAGCACCCGUCGGGCCUGCCCAUCGUCUUCGAGUCGUCGACCGACGACGACGGCCGCGUGCGCACCUGGCUGCCCUACAGCAGCCCGGACACGCCCGGCGAGGUGCCCGUGUACAGCCUCGAGGACGUGCUGGGCGACAUCCGGGGCCCCAGCCGCUGGACCCUGCGCUUCGACACCGAGGGCUACUUCGCCGCCCAGGGCAAGGACACCUUCUUUCCCGAGGUCACCGUCGUCUUCGAGGUCAAGGAGGGCCAGCACUACCACGUGCCCCUGCUGCUGGCCCCCUUCAGCUACAGCACCUACCGUGGGAGCUGA